AUGGACACUCUGUUGGAGACGAAACAAGACACUUGGCGGUUUCGAGUACGAGAAGACAAAUUCAACCCGCCACAUUUACCAAGAAAUAAAUUGAUGAUAUUUCGAUUGGACGUUCGACACAAGGUGUGGAAGAAAAUUUGA